CUGCGAAGGUGAUCAUGGAACUCGUCGGUAUAUUUGUCCUCCUUUCCACAGCAGGCUGGGUGUCUGCGGACAAACCGGUUCGGUUUGGUGUGGCAGUCGCGGAAGAUAGCACUGGCGGUGACGCUUCGCGCAACAUUGUUGGUGGGAAAGCAGCUUACAAGGGAGAGUUCCCACAUCACGUGGCUAUAUACCUGGAUGGGGUAUACAAAUGCGGGGGGACAAUCCUUGAUGAGAAACACGUUCUCACUUCUGCUUACUGCUUUUAUCCGAAUGGAACUGACAACGGUGAAUAUCAGGUGAAGGCUGGCCUCUGGCGCCCUGAGAAACCAGACUCGGAUGUACAAGUUCGGGACGUCCUUGGUGUCGUCGCGCAUCCUAAAUUUAACGUUUCGGACCUAACGUCGCCAGAUGUCGCUGUCGUACGCGUUAACAGAGAUUUCACCUUCAAUCAGUAUGUUGGACCGGCAGCUAUACCCAAAACAAGGGAAGAAGAGCAGCGUGUGAGAAGGGGUGACUGUGCUUUGGUCGGUUUUGGUGUAGUUAACCAAGAAAAACUGAUCUUUCCGAAAAGACUCAGGAAAAUUGAAGGCCUAAUUCUUCCGAACUACGAACUGUGCUACCAGCUGUUUGAAGAAAAUGGAAGCGUUCCAAAAACGAUGAUGUGCACUUCAAAUCCGCAGCAAAACGGAUGCCGUAAUGACGGAGGAGGAGCUCUUGUGUGCCGCAAGCCGAACACAGGUGAUCAGUUUGUGGUUGGAGUCCUCUCGUUUGUUUCAAGUCCAUGUAGAACCGACGGUAUAGCCUAUUAUCCACGCGUCUAUCGGUAUCGCCCGUGGAUACAGAAAGCGAUCAAACGGCUUGAGAUGUGAGAGAGCUUCCUAACCAUGACA